AUGGCUGACGACGAACAAUGGAGCGGCAUGGAGAACACGAUUGAGGAUCCGGAGGAGACGAGAGUCAUUUUCUGCGCGCUGGACUCGUUUCUCCAAUACGCGAAGGUGGCACACUUCAAUGUUACCCACCUUCGCCGGCAGUCGUUCUACGCCCUGCCCCAGGCGCACUGGCAGAUGCUCGCCGCGCCGCCCUUCAACUUCCUCGACACCCUCGAGCGCACCGACGAGGCCAUCGAGUCCAACGCCGAGCUCGCCCGCGCCAUUGCCCACAACGGCCUGCGCUCCUUCCACCUCGUCCCAGAGGGCUCGACAGAAGAGCCGCGCAUGCCUGAUGCCUGGGUCGGUGUCGCUAAGCACAACGACACCGACAAGGCCCGCAGCACCCUCCGCCAGUUCUACCGCGACUGGUCUGCCGAGGGCGCCGAGGAGCGGCGCGUGUGUUACGGUCCUGUCCUGGACGCUGUUGACCGCGAGCGCGAGGCACGUUCGUCCUCGCCAUCGGCAUUGGCGGAACCCCUCAAGGUCCUCGUUCCCGGCGCCGGCCUCGGUCGUCUCGUCUUUGAGCUCAGUCGUGCGGGCCACGACGCCGAGGGCAACGAGAUCUCCUACCACCAGCUCCUCGCCUCCUCUUACAUCCUCAACUGCACAAAGGCCGCGGGGCAACACAAGAUCUACCCCUGGGUGCACUCCUUCUCCAACCACCGCACCCGGACGAAUCACCUCCGUAGCUGCGCCGUGCCGGACAUCCACCCAGCGACGCGACUCGCCGCCGCGGGACCAUCUGCGGGCAGCAUGUCCAUGUGCGCCGCCGACUUCCUCUGUCUGUAUGCUGACGACGACCACGAAGCCGCCUACGACGCCGUCGCCACCGUCUUCUUCCUCGACACGGCGCCCAACCUAGUACGGUAUCUCGAGACGAUCCUGCACUGCCUGCGCCCUGGGGGCGUGCUCAUCAAUUUCGGACCGCUGUUGUGGCAUUUCGAGAACAACGCCCCCGGGAACCACGGCCGCGAUACGGACGGCGAUGGCGAGCACGACUACAACAACUCGUCAGGCAUCGCGGACCCCGGCAGCUUCGAGCUCAGCGACGACGAGGUCAUGGCACUGGUGGAGCGGGUCGGGUUCGUGGUUGAAAAGCGCGAGACAGGGAUCGAGGCGCCGUAUAUCCACGACCCGGAGAGUAUGCUGCACACGACGUACCGCGCGAGCUUUUGGGUGGCGAGGAAGCCUCUGUAG